CCCUCCCAGAUGCCCGCUACUUCGCAUCGACAACACAACACACAAUGGGGAUGGAACACGCUUUCGACACUUCCUUUUCUCAAACAAUGAACACACCCACCAUGAUGGCCACAGCGCCCCUCACCCCGUCGACGACUAGCUCAAUACCCACGACCAUUAAGAUGGAGGACCUCCAGGUCCCCUUUGACACACCUUCACCCCACGACUCAUACCCCGCAAUGUCCGAGGCCUCCUCAACGCCCGCACCGUCGGGCACCGAGUCCAGGCAGGUCAAGAAGCGCAAGUCGUGGGGCCAAGUGCUCCCCGAGCCAAAGACGACGCUGCCACCCCGCAAACGGGCCAAGACGGCCGACGAGAAGGAGCAGCGUCGCAUUGAACGAGUAAAGCGAAACCGACUCGCCGCCCACAAUUCUCGUGAACGCAAGCGACAAGAAUAUGAGCUCCUCCAGGCCGAGAAGGACCAAAUGGAGGCCGACCUCAAGUCGUACCAACAUAAGAUGGCCCAAAUGAAGAGCGAACUUGAGUUCUACCGCACAAAGUACCCUGGCGAAGCACCCGAGCCUGUCUUCGACCUGACCACCACAUCCUCUACCGACGCUGUCGACACGGUCUGCCCCGCGCGGACCUCAGUGUCGUUCCCCAGUCCCAUCUCCAUGGACUCGAUGGACUCGCCCCGCGACUCCUCGUGCCAGCCCGAGACACCCGCCUCCACCUUUGAGGCCACACCCGAUUUCGACUCGACACAAUAUCCUGCCGCGGUAUUGUGCGACCUGCAGUUCGACGAAAAGCCUGUUGUCCUCGACAACCUCUUCGACUUCUCCCAGUUCCCUGAAGGCAGCCCAUCAGCUGCUUGCAUGGAACCCACUACUGGCUUGGCUGACCCUUCUUCCGUCGACUUCUUCGGCUCAGCCCUCUUCGGCCACAGCUCUUCCUCAACUUCUUACGGCUUUCCUGACGGCUUUGAUGCAAAGUUCUCUGACUUGCAGAGUGCCUCUGGCGCAACUUUUGUUAGCGACGAGGCUCUCGCAGCGGAGCUCUAG